UGAUUCCUCUUUUACUGUCAGAUCCCCUGCCUGGUUGCCUCGCUCUCUCUUUCCUUCGACUGCUCCCCCACUCCCCCUCCCUCUCGUCUCGUCUGUACACGAGAAGCUUUCCUUUUGUUUUUUGUUCGAUUAACUCCAGUUGAAGUUGAAGCAUUCGUAUGCUUUCUAACUGGCAGUCCUCCGUUUCUGCCCGCCUUAUCAACCCAUCCGUACGGCUGCUCCAAGGAUUUAAGUUGAUGCUUUGUGAGGCAUAGUUUGAUUACCUGGAACAUGGAUAAGACAUCCUCGGACUGCCCAUACCCAGGAUGCUUCUUCUGUGUCAUGAAGGAAGCAAAUCCAAGUAAACGUCGAACAAGUAUACUGAAGUUCUUCGGAGAACUUCCUUCUCAGGACGAUGAUGGUCAAGUUCUCCCAAUAAGUGGCCUUUGGAAUACUGCAAUGGCACAUCCCAAUGACCCUGAGUUUGUUGAGUUAGGAAUAUUUGAAUGCAUGGCUGCACUUAUCUGGAAGGGUUUAAAGAAUCGGCGCUGGCUCUCUCAUGACCAGAAUAUAUAUAUUCCAUAUUAUGCUGCACAUAUUAUUGGAUCUUACACCAUGAAUAUGGAGGAAUUUGCAGAAAGUGCUGUCCAUGCUGGAGUAAUUCCUCCCAUAGUUGAGCUCUUAAGAGGAAGGUUGACAUGGGUGGAACAGCGAGUUGCAGUGCGAGCUUUAGGACACCUGGCUACAUAUCCCAGUACUUUCCCUGCUGUGGCAAGUCACGGGGAAGUUCUUGAGCUUUCCAUUCAGCUGGCAAUGGGUUCCCUGGAAAUUGUUUACUCUCACUUUUACCAGUAUGUUGACAGAAGGCUUAGUUAUCACUGUGAUUUACUUACACGUGGUAUGGGUGGUGUAGAAAUGGAGUCCAGGAAGGCAGAGGAAUGGGCCAGUCAAUUACAGUGUUGGUCUCUUCAGCUUAUAAAUUGCUUUGCUUUCAAAUCUGAGUUUCUCUCUAUUAUAUGCAAACCUGAAUUCUUAAUCAAGUUACCAGGAAUGUGGGGUGGACUUGUCAAUGAAAAUUCACCAGCUGGUAUUGGUUUGUUGCGGACAAUUUGUCAUCAUAAGCUUGGUAGGGGGCCUGUUGCUAGCUGUCCUGGAGUUAUUGAAGCACUAUGCAAUAUUGCUCGUUCCUCUGACGAUUGGCAGUAUAUGGCUAUUGAUUGUCUUCUUUGGCUAAUUCAAGAUCCAAAUACUUGUUACAAGGAUCUGGAGGUAAAGAGGACGAUUGGGAGUGGUUGUGAGGUGAAUGGAGUCUACUUUUUGGACGAGAUACCGAGACAUCAGAGUCAUCAUGUAAUUGAUAAGGCAGUGCCUGCACUUACAGACUUGGCAGAGAUUUCAACUCUGGGUGAUCACAAAAAGCUUGGGGAUUCUAUUAUUAAUGUUCUUCAAGAUUGUAUGCAAUCACAAGGGACAUCACGCAACUCUCUCAGUAGCCGUACAAAAGAACAGAUUGAUGAAAUGAUAAAUUCCAGACAGAGAUUGAAGUGGGAGAAGAAUCUGCUGAAGGAGGAUCUUCAUAUCAAGCAGGCUGCAGCACUAGUUGUCAAACUGGAAGGCAAUUCUCUAUUUUCUUCCGGAAAUAUAUCUGGAGCUGCAACAAAGUAUUCUGAAGCACUGGCACUAUGUCCAAUGAGGUCCAAGAAGGAGAGAGUUGUAUUAUACAGUAAUCGAGCUCAGUGUUAUCUUCUUUUGCAACAACCCUUGGCAGCAAUUAGUGAUGCUACACGAGCACUAUGUCUUCACAACCCUCCUAAUCGUCAUGCCAAGAGCCUGUGGAGAAGAGCACAGGCAUAUGACAUGCUUGGCUUGGCAAAAGAGAGUUUGUUAGAUGCCAUUCUUUUCAUAAAUGAGUGUUCUCAGUCUAACGACCCUGAGCUUUCCAUGAGGCAAAACAAGGUUCCUGAUUAUGCUGAACGUUUAGUCAAGAAGCAGAUGCGUUCGGCAUGGUUAUUUAGAGAGGCAGCUAUUAAACACGGGGGUGUCCAUUGUGAGGGUGAAGCAGGUGACAUCUAUGGACAAGAUGCUGAUGAUUCUGAGUGGGAAACAGCAAGUGAAAGUGACAUAGGAAAUGAUGGGCAGGGAGAUAUAGGUGAUGAAGACACUGAAUGGAAAAAUGAGGAUGAAAUGAAAAACAAAUACGAGAAGCCUUCAAUAAAAGAGGUAAAGCAUGGGUAUGAUGUGCAGCUUGCUGAAGAUGAUACUUAAUUUUACAUGAAUGAAGCAAGCCACAGAGAUGCAAAUUGAUAUCAAUGAUAAAUGCAAAAUAAUGAACCUGGUUUGGAUUGAUUGAUCCCAUCUAUCACAUUCAUUCAAGUUACAACAUUAAAGGUAUUUCAGUUGGUCUUUUUGAAGAGCAAGUCUGAAGAGUGGUCCUUGUGUUCAGAAACCAAAACUGUACUAUAUGUAUUUUGUCUUUCUUUUAUCUGCUUCUUCCCUUUUUAUGGACUUGCUGCAAAAUGAGCAGAGAAACUGAAGCAGACAGGCUGAUAGUUUACAGAGUGAGAGGUUGUGUAUAUAAAACCCCCUACAGGGUUCAACAUUUUUGUGUGAAGAUAAAUAUUUCUCAUUUUGCUAUA